UGUGUACAGGAGCGUCAGUAAAAGUGAUAUCGCAUUAUGCCACCUGCCGCCGUUAUUGUCCUCGUCAUUGCUGGUGUGGCAAGGACCGGGCUCUCUGCACCGAAGACAAGGGAUUCGUACGACAGCAUUUAAAGUCGCAUACGGCAGUUAGCGGAGGAGUUCAAUGCUCUUCAGGAUGCCUUCGAGCCUCGACACUGUGCAGACCUGCUUCGCAACGGCCAACACAGAAGCGGAGUUUACACCGUGUUUCACAAGGCUGCUGGCUCUUCGGGACAGAAUGUAUACUGCGACAUGGACACUGAUGGAGGAGGAUGGACAGUCAUCCAACGACGUGGGCAGUACGGACACAAUGCUUACUACUUCUACCGGAACUGGACUGAGUACGCCAAUGGAUUCGGAGAUCCUGAUGAUGAGUACUGGAUUGGUAACAAAGCUCUGCACGCCCUUACGUCAGGGAAAGAGAACAUGAGUCUGCGAAUUGUACUAAGUAACAGCACUGAAGAGACUGUGUCCUUUGGCUACGAGACUUUCGCAGUAGCAAAUGAAACGCAGUCCUUUCAACUUCAGUUGGAAAGUUUCUCAGGUAGCAAAGAGUGGGACGCAAUGGGACAUCUUUCAGGCCAAAAGUUUUCAACCUACGAUCGUGACAACAGUCUCUAUAGGCUCAACUGUGCGGUGCGGUUUCGAGGAGGCUGGUGGUACAGUAAUUGUCUCGGUGGUAACCUAAACGGGCUGAAUCUUAAUGGCCAUCACGAUAGCCUGGGUGAUGGUAUUGUGUGGGAAAAGAGCCCUAUGAUUACUUAUAUGUUGCACCACUCUUACCCAAAGGUUCAAAUGAUGAUACGACCAGCAGAUAGGUAGUGGACUAAACUUUGUUAGGUGGUAUUGAAAGAUGCGCGUGGUUUGAUUGAUUCAAUACAUGUGUCCAAGAAGAACCGGCACUCGCACCACACGCUAUCAUUUUGCACCUUAAGAAUCAAGGUCAUUAUUUUUGUUCCAACAGAAUAAGUGUCUGUAGUUUGUACCAUAUGAACACACAAUAAAUCCUGUUCUAGCAAUAUA